AUAUGUAGCCCUGACAUGCCCCCAAAGAGCGUUCAGCAGAUAUCUAAACUGUUGCAAUGUAUCAUUAAACCGUUUACAAAGCGCUGAGUUCUGCUGAACGUAGCCAUUAGAUGUUUACGUGUAGCAAUCGGAUUUCCAAUCAGAUUGAUAUAAUCGCAGUAAUGUAAAUUGUCUAGAGAGAAAGUUCCCUAGGCUAAUCGGAGGUUUGUUCUUUUCAACUGAACUAGUGCUGCACUAGAACUGUACUUGCAUUAAGUAAUGCAUCUCAAUUGCCCGCAGAACCUAUCUGAGAUAGGGUGUAUAUCAGUUGGACACGGGGCAAUUGGACACAGUCCAAUCACAAGUCGCUGUUCCAAGGGACCCUACAAAUGUCUCUAAUCACACGGUGCUGUGAUUGGCUGUGUCCAAAUGCACCGUGUCCAAGUGCACCGCUCCCUCUGAGAUAUUGUCACCUUCAUUCCUUUUAAUUUCUGCAAUAUUCAUCUCUUCCAUCUUCAUAGAUCUGUUCUUUUCACCUGAACUACUUGCACAGAUACAGUAACUUUUACCCUUGCACUGCACUGCACUGCUUGCACUAGCUCCAGACUCAGUGCAAGCAGUUCAGUGAACUGUUGCACUAAGUUCUACUGCACCGUUGGAAAGAACAGUAACCUCUGACAAACUUCUACUAGAAAGAACGCACCAGUGUACACUUCUUGAAUUAGUGCAAGUUCAGCUGGAAAGAACAAACCUCGGAUUACCAAAUCGCGUCCGUGAAGGACGGAUCGGAUUAACGGAUGCAGAGGAACGUUGCGUACAUACUUAUGUCUCUUAAGAAAUAAAUAUUAAGAAGUAAAUAGAAAAACUUGAUUACAAGAAAGCAAAAGAGGCUACAAAUAAUUGCAAACCUGAUUACAAGAAAACAAAAACUUCUUUAAGAAAAGAUAACCAUGGAAGAAACUCAAAAAUAUGAUUUUCAAGAUGCAUUUAUUAAUAUACUGGACGAUGAUUGCUUAAUACAUAUUUUUCAAUUUUUACCAAUUGUUGACAAAAUCCGUAUAGAAAGAGUGUGCAAACGUUGGAGAAUAUUAAGUCUAGAUUCUUGGUAUACAAUGAAGAAAAUAGAUACCUCAUUCCUAUUAGAAGGCUUUCCAACACAUCAUCGAAUCACUGAAUUUAUACUGAAGAAAGUGAUGAAAACGUUAUCAAGAAAUGGCAGAUUUAUAACAGAAUUACAUCUGUCCUGUCCAGCAACAAUGUUUCCAUCUGAUGUAGCUCAGUUUAACAGAAAACUAUUCGAUAUAGUCAUGAAAUAUUGUUCCAAUCUUACUAAUAUUAAUGUUUCUAUGAUAACAAUUAAUAAAAAGGACAAACAAUUAUUAGGCAGAUAUAAAAACAUAACUAGGCUUACUUUGGGAACGUUUUACAACUUAGAUAAACAAGAAACAUUUUUCCAAGAAUAUCCACAGCUCAACUAUUUGCAAAUACUUUCUAAUUUUGACUUUGUGGGUAAGUGUUUACCAUACUUGCCAGCCCAGACAAUGCGCACUCUUAUAUUAUGUGACUGCCCGAGGAUUAAUGAAAUUACAUUUUCCAUGGGAUUGGCAAAACUCGAAAAUUUAGAACAUCUUUAUAUAAGUUAUUUCAAAUUUGGUAGAAAAACUAUGGAAACUAUCAGCAAUUAUUGCAAAAAGCUAAAAAUAUUACAAAUUUCCAAGCGCAAGAUUUGUACAACCAGCUUUCUACAAGAUAUGGCUGCGUUACAAUUUACUAACCUUAUUAACUUGCAGAAACUAAAAAUGAAAAACUUUCCAUUUUCACCCCAACAUUUCGUUGAGAUAACAAUGAAUUGUCAACAGAUUACUUCUCUAGAUAUUUCUGGUAGCUCUUGUGAUGAUAUUUCACUAAAAAUUAUUGCAACAUUACCAAAAUUAGAAUAUUUAAACAUUAGUUAUGUGUGUGGAAUUACCGAUUAUGGUUUGAAAAAUCUAAAGAACCUAAAAGGAUUGAGAUGUAAAAAAUGUAGAAACAUAACAGAUAAUGGGAUAUACGAAAUUCUUAAUUUUUCACCUCAAUUACAACUACUAGAUCUUACCUAUUGCAGCAGGAUUACAAACAAUAUUUACGAAGUUGCUAAAGUAAUUCAUGAUGAUAAACCUGGUAAAAUGGUACUAAAAAUCUAUAAUUUCGGAACACAAAUUUUUUUAACAGAUAAACAUAAGGUGCAUCCGACAGUACAACUAAUCAAUAUUGUAGAACAAUUGCAGCAAUACACACGUCAAAGAAUGAGACAAAGAAUUUCAAAACGCAAUGUGGAUUUGAUAUGCACUAGAGAGAACAGAUAAGAAUGAGAGAGGCCAUCUUGGUAAUUAUCGGAGUCGCAACGAAUUAUUAUUUGAUAGACUUAGGGUGCUUUCCAAUUGCUUAACACAUCUUGACAACACGUACACAACAAGUUUACAUCACAUAUUAUCUAAAAUAUCUUGUAACAUAAUAUGCAACCAAUAAAUUGAUUUUGUGUAACACAGUGUACGCAACUGGAAAGCACCCUUACAAAAACAUCUGUAACGCCGCCAAGUCCAAACAAUAGCUAUUACGUAAACUAUCACAUACUUUGUGAUUUCUAUUUUACCAUGUAAAAGUUAUUUUGCGUGUGAAUCCGUAAUCAUAAGUUUGAAGCAGAUGUUGACAGACGUUUUGCUGUAGACUUAAGUUAGCGGCUAGCACUCCAUAAUUAUAUAAGGUUUGUUCGAGUUACUUGUACUAUUCACACUUUUACACCUAAUGCCCGUUGCACACUAGUGCACCUCAUACAACACAAAUUUUCCAAAAUACGUUCUGAAGAUACUUUUAGGACGGAGGGAUGUCAUCAGAAUA